UACCUGGAGUUGGUUGAAUAUGGUGUUGCCAGAAUUUUUACUAUAACAAGAUUGUAUCAAUAAGCCCCUAACCUACACUUGACUUGCCCUAGGUGACAAGCUAUCAAGAUGCACAGUAUCCCAUGCAUAGCAGAGAGAAUACCAGAAGAAAAGAACUGGUUACCUCAGAUUCCCAAAGAACCAAAGAAGCUCUGACCCCAGCCCUCUGGAUCUUAAUUUAUUGCCCUAACUGCUUUUCCAGCUUCCUGGGGUGACCUUGUAUGAAGCAUGAGAAAUUCAGACCACAGGUUCCAUGAUAAUUGACUUACCUCAGUAUGCUUAAUACUCAGCGCAGUGUCUGACACAGAAGAGAUUCAAGACAGAUUCUUUUGUAUUUGAAUACUACAUGCAUGGUUCUUGAAUCCUACAAAUCACGUGUCCUGUAUUAAAUGUAUUCCUUUGCCAAAACCCCGACUACAACAUCAUGUAUUGGAGCCAAAAGAAAAGGGGUGGAAAGGGAGACUGCGACUCUAUGGACAGGAUCAGAAGUGUAGUUUGUUCCAAGUAAUCGAGGAAACCACUGGAGCGUUUUCAGAAAUGUUUCUCCUGGAGAAAAAGAAAAUGAUUCUGUGUGAUGUAACAUCAGCUACUUGACAAGACCAUGGUGGCUCUGGAGUAAAAUAGGAUAAAUUCCUCUUGCUUGGGAAAAGGCAGGGACAAACAUUGAUUUAAAGAUGUUUAAGAAUAAUGUUACUGACCAUAAGCAAAAAAUGGAAGCCAUAAUUAAAAACGUUAAAACAAUUUCAAUGGAGUUGAAGAAAAUGAGAGAGCUCUCCCAGUUACUGCUUUGUGACCUUACUCUGCAGUUUAAUUAUCCUAUGAAGACAGAGGAAACUGAAGGAAACAACGCCCCAUUUGAAAAGUCUGAACCAUCAGAUGUAUCCCUUGCUCCAAACAGUUUUUCUAUCUGAUUUCUUUCUUAGUUAUUAUGGGUUCCUGGUGGGUAUUGUUGUUGUUGUUGUUGUUGUUGUUGAAUUAGCAAAUAUCUGAGAAAACUGAAUUUACUAAUAUACUUCAUACAAUUAAAAAACAGUAAAAAUAAUAUAGAGUUGUAAAUAAACAUUUCAGUUUCUUGAAGGCUCUUUUAUUGUUUUAAUGUUUGAAGAUGGUUGAUUUGUUCCUCUACAGGAAAGAGUAUGACAUGGGAAUUUGGCCAUGAGGCAUUACUUAUUCUUUACUUUAUGCUUGAAUUUGCUUUAAGUUAGUAG